AUGGCCAGCCUGCCGCCGCUGGUGCCGCCGCCGCGGAAGCGCCAUUACACAGAGAUGCGCCAGCCUCCGUCCAGCAUGCACGAGAUCGCGUCCGUGUUCAUGGCGGCGAAGCUAGAGCGGUCGAACGUCGUCGUCAUGCCGGGAGAUCGGGCGUCCGUCGAGUCCAAGCUCAUGGCGGUGCUCAUCGCCAUGAAGCCCAAUACCCCCAUGCACAAGCGACUCCAACUCCCGUCCCUUGUCAAGAAACUGGAGCGCAUGCUGCUCCGUGUGGCCAGCUCCAAAGAAGAUUACAUGGACCCGGCCACGAUGCUGCCAAGGCUGCAAGCGGUGCACAGCUUUCGACAAGCCAAGAGACAGCGCACUGUGUAUUAA